AUGGCACAACAACAAAUACCAGUUCGACCAUCUGGUCCAUCUCAAACUCUAUCAGGUGUUCCAAGUCAUAUAUCACAAAUUCAAGGAUUAUCUGUUUCACAGGCUGUUGUUAAUGAUGUACUUGUGGAUCUUCAAACCAAAGUUAUAAAUCAAACCUUACAACAAUAUCAUGGCGAAGGAUUAAGUGGCGAUUAUUUAGAACCUCUUGCUCCAAUCUAUAUUCGUGCGCCACAACCGACAAUAAUUCUUCGAUCCGAUCUUCAUCGUCUUCGUGCUGAACUUGGCAACCGUGUUCGUCCUCAGGUUAUCUACGGUUAUCCUGCAGGUGCAUCUCAGCAAAAUUUGUUUCAAGCACCCAGAUUUCCAGCUCCUCCGCAACAAUAUAUUCCAGCAGAAUCUUACGGUGAAUAUCAAAAUGUGACUUAUGCAAACAGUGAUGAAUGUAAGACGACAACGACAAGCGAUGAGUAUAGAAAGAAAAAAGAAGAACGAUUGUAUAAUGAAGCCGAGUCACCUGUGCUCAAUGACGACAAUAUUGAUGAUAAGGUUCAUAGUGCAUUCGAUUUUCAAGGCUUAUCCGCUACAUCAUUUGAUCGUCACGCCUCACCUUCCCAAUCUUCUUCAUUACUUUCCAAUCUUGAAGAACAGCAACAAGGUAACGACGAGGCAUUACUUAUAUCUUCUCAUAAUAUCAACAACGAGCAACUUGGUAGAACUGACAAUAUGUUCCCAAGACCUGUCCGUCCACGACAAGAAGUAACAUUUGAUCUCGAUAAUUGUAUAUUACGAUGUUUUGAAGCUCAUCGUCAACGCGUAGCUCGACGACGAGCUGCUCGACAAGCACGAAAAGCAAGACGUCUUAGACGAUCUCCACAACAACAGCAGCCAUACCGACAUUUGUAUUAUACUAAUCAAUAUCCAAAUUUUCCUAUUCAACCAACACCUUCUUCAUUUGACACUGUUCAACAAACACAAUGGCAACAACCGCCGUCAACUUCAUAUUACUCAGAUAUAAUAGGUCAACCAACAAAUAUUGUCACAUCAAUUCAAACGCAACAAACGCCAUACAUUCCAAUUAGAACACAUGAUUACACAAAUAUAGUUCAAACAACUUCUUUACCAACUGAUAUACAACAAUAUCAAACAUUAGAUGCUAUUAAUACGUAUACAAAUCAAGUACCGUUUUCUUCAUUAACAACUUCUAAUAUUGAUGCCGGAGUACCAACUGAUAUACAACCUACAACAACAGACUAUUAUAAAUUCACAACACAGAACAUACAAGAACCAUAUAUUCAUCCAAAUAUAUUCGAUUAUACAUCCCAUCAAGCCGUUCCUUCUACAACUGAUUUCAUUCAACAGUCAUUAACAGAUCAAAGACAACAACAAACAUCUUUUGAAUAUUCAGGUCAACUGCCACAUUCUACUUUUCAAUCAACAGAUGCUGCAGUUCCAAGUGGAAUGCAACAUUUAACAUCUGAAUAUUAUCAACAAGUACCAACUCAACUCAUUCAAGGACAAAACGCUUAUGGUAAACCGUCAACAACCUUUGAAUACACAACAACAAGUACACAAUCUCAACAUCCAAUCUAUGAAUAUCCGGCUACAGAACAAAUCACAUCUCAAUAUCCAUAUAACAUCCAGAAUAUUGAACAAAAGCAAUCGUUUGACUACACGACGACGACACCAGCUGCUUCUAUUCCAGUGAGAACAGAUAUUCUGCAAACACAACGAACACAAAAAAUCGAUUAUUUAAGUCAACAGCCUACAUCUUCAAUUUAUUACGAACAACAGCCAAUACCGGUCCCAACAUCUCAAAUACAAGGAGCUUAUGGUCAACCAACUGGAGCAUUUGAGUAUACGAAAAAAAGUUAUCAAUCACAAGAACCAAUAUUUGAUUAUACACGUGCACAACAACAGUCUACUCAAUCUUCAUUUAAUCUCGAAACACCGGCAGCUGCUUUUCAGCAAACCGAACCGAAACAAACGAUCGAUCAUUUGAGUCAAGCACUUACAUCUUCUACUUCCUACGAAGAACUACGACAGCCAGGCGUAAUAUCUCAAGCUGAAGUAGGUUAUGGUCAACCAACUGGAACAGUUGAAUAUACAAGAAAAAGUUAUCAAUCACAAGAACCAAUAUUUGACGAUAGACGUGCACAACAACGGUCUACUCAAUAUUCAUAUAACCUCGAAACACCCGGUGCUGAUCUUCAGCAAACCGAGCGCAAACAAACAAUGGAUCAUUUGAGUCAGACAGAUACAUCUUCUACCUACUACGAAGAACUACGAAAACCACGUGUAAUAACUCAAGCUGAACGUGGUUAUGGUCAACCAACUGGAACAAUUGAAUAUACGAGAAACAGUUAUNAACCAAUUUAUGAUUAUCAAAGUGCAGAACAACGGCCUUCCCAAUAUUCAUACAGCCUGCAAGGUAUUCAACAACAGCAACCUGCACAGCCAGAAGGAGUUACUUAUGUACCUGAAGUUACUAGAGGUUAUUUUACGGGUAGAUCUGAUAUUCAAGAGAUACCGCAAAAGCAAAUAAUCGAUCAGGUUCCUGUAGCGUCUACGGUUUUAAGUUACUAUGAACAACAACAAGCAUCAGUUCCUACGUCUCAAGUGAUAGAAACUUAUACUCAACCAACUGGAACAUUAGACUACACACGCGAAGUUUAUGAAUCACAGAAACCAAUUUAUGAUUAUCAAAGUGCAGAACAACGGCCUUCCCAAUAUUCAUACAGCCUGCAAGGUAUUCAACAACAGCAACCUGCACAGCCAGAAGGAGUUACUUAUGUACCUGAAGUUACUAGAGGUUAUUUUACGGGUAGAUCUGAAAUUCAAGAGAUACCGCAAAAGCAAAUAAUUCAUCAGGUUCCUGUAGCGCCUACGGCUUUAAGUUACUAUGAACAACAAUCAGCAUCUGUUCCUACGUCUCAAGUGACAGAAACUUAUACUCAACCAACUGGAACAUUAGGAUACACAGAAGUUUAUGAGUCACAGAAACCAAUUUAUGAUUAUCAAGGUGUAGAACAACAGCCUUCUCAAUAUUCAUACAGCAUCCAAGGUAUUCAACAACAGCAACCUGCACAGCCAGAAGCGCUUACUUAUGUACCUGGAGUUCCUAGAGCGUAUUUUACAGGUAGAUCUGAUAUUCAAGAGAUACCGCAAAAGCAAAUAAUCGAUCAGGUUCCUGCUGCGCCUACGGUUUUAAGUUACUAUGAACAACAAUCAGCAUCUGUUCCUACGUCUCAAGUGACAGAAACUUAUACUCAACCAACUGGAACAUUAGACUACACACGAGAAGUUUAUGAAUCACAGAAACCAAUUUAUGAUUAUCAAGGUGCAGAACAACAGCCUUCUCGAUAUUCAUACAGCAUCCAAGGUGUCCAAGAACACCAACCUACACAGCCAGAAGGAGUUACUUAUGUACCUGAAGUUACUAGAGGUUAUUUUACGGGUAGAUCUGAUAUCCAAGAGAUACCACAAAAACAAAUAAUUGAUCAUGUUCCUGUACCACCUACUUCUUUGAAUUACUACGAACAACAAGCAGUGCCAGUUCCUACGUCUCAGGUGCAAGAAACUUAUAUUCAACCUACUGGGACACGAGGAUACACAAGGGAAUUUUAUGAAACGGAAAAACCGAUCUAUGACUAUCAAGGUGCAGAACAACAGCCUUCUCAAUAUUCAUACAGCUUUGAAGGUAUUAAAAAACAGCAACCUGCACAGCCAGAUGCAGUAAAUUAUGUAUCUGAAGUUGCUAGAGCUUAUGUUCCACCCGGAGCUAAUAUUCAACUGAUGGAAGUGAAACAAACAAUUGACCAUGUUCCUGAAGUACGUACUUCUUUGAGUUACUACGGACAGCAACCAGUACCAGUUCCUACGUCUCAAGUAAUAGAAACUUUUACGCAACCAACUGAAGCAGUUAAAUAUACUCAGGAAAGUUAUCAAGCUCAGAGACCCAUAUAUGAUUUUCAAGGUACAGAAAAGCAGACGCCUCAGUAUUCAUACAGUCUCGAAGAAGGUGUUCAAGUUGGACAAAAUCAGGAGCAAGUUUCCUACAAAUACGUAUCUGACGCUGCUACAUCUUAUUUAGUGCCUGGAAGUGACGUUCAACAGAAGGAUCAGGUAUAUACGACAGACGACUCAAGUCAAGGGUUUAGUUCGUCGGUUCAUUAUCAAGAACAGCCAGUAUCUUUUCCUGCAUCUGAAAUUUACGAUUCAGGAUCACGUGUUCAGCGAUUAACUGAUAGAGUGAUUCCAAGUGAUAGAAUAGAAUAUUCGAGACAAGCAUAUCGUGCACAAGAGCCUUUAUCAGAUGAUUAUUCAACUGAAACUUUUAUUCAACAACAUGAACAACCACAAAAAAUUGGAUCAUUGAGUGUCAAUGAUUAUGUGAGACAAUUUGAGUCAAAAUUAUAUCCACAAGAAAUUGGAGGACCGGUUAAGUCCUCAGAUAAUUGGCAAUCUUUUCGUACAAAAACGAGAAUUCCUUUUACUGGUCAACAAAAUGUGGAUAUACAUCCAUUACAAGAAUCUGCACAAACGUAUGAUCUUCAAAAUUACACAAACCAAUCUGUUGUCCCAGAAAUAGUACAACUAUCACCACCGGUUUCAUCAUUACUUUACGAAGAAGGUCAACAAGGUCUUCUUCAAGAAACUUCUACAAGAAAACCAAUACAUGAAAUAUUUCAGAAAAUAGAGCCAAGGAGCGAAAUAGAAACUUCUACUUAUGAUACAUUUAGUUCAUUACCACCACCGCCACCACCACCACCGGUGAUAGAAGAAAUUGAUCAUCAACAAGAGUCAAUUGGAACAAAUAUAUCUGAUUUUCCUCCACCACCUACACAUGAUCGUCUUGCAUAUAAUAUAAUGCAACAACGACCAAGUCGUUCAUAUACGUCAAUUAUUCCGUCAACCGAUCAAACAAGUAUUUAUACUUAUCAACCAUUACAAUCAGCAUCCGUUCCAGAUAUUGAUCGUAGACCUUGUGGAACUAUUACAGGAAUUGAAGAACCUUUUAAUUUACGACAAUGUAUUGUUGAUUGUUGUGAAAAAUAUCAAGAAUUAUGGAAUAAACGGAGACAACAACAACAACAACAACAACCGCAACAACAAAUUACUGAUUCACAAUAUCAAAUAUAUAAUACAAAUGUAAUCAAUCAACCAGAAAUUGGUCAAUAUCAACAAAUAGGAGCUGAACAACCAAUAACAACAGUAAUAUCUCAAAAUGAUCAACAACUAUUACCACCAUCAAAUAAAAUAUCAUUUACUAAUUAUGAUCAUCAAGCACUACCACAACCUUAUUUUGGAAAAGGUGAAAUACAUUUUAUUGAUGGUUGGACACAAACAGCACCUCAUGAUUUCACAACACAAUCUAAUAUUAUACAACAUACAUAUGAUCAAACACCAUCAUUUUUCGAUACAAAACCUUAUUUGUCUCAAUUUCCAACAAGAGAUUUUCCUACUGAUUCAAGAGGGCAACAAACUAUCGAAUAUAGCCCACCAUUAGUCACUGAAACAGGUCAUGUGAUGCCCGUAAUACCCCAAUCCGUACCUUUAUCAUUUUAUAAAUACACAGAACACAAACAACCACAAAUACAACCACCACGACAACAACAACAGCAAUCAAUAUACAAUCAUACAUUACCUUACCCUUCUCAUCUGUCCUUCAACGAUAAUUUUUACCAACCAAAUUAUAAUUUUCCUUCACAAAUAACAGCUCAACCGCGACAUUAUCAAAACAUACCUUUAGAUAAAUACGAAGAACAACAACAACGAUAUCGUGCACAUUCGGAGCCCGCAUCAAUACAGCAAGAUUCGAUCAUUACAGUCCCACCUUUACAACAAACACCAUCACAAAUAUUUCAACAAUAUCCACGAAGAUCUACAUCAAUACCAAUGAUUCGUCAACGAAUACCACAAACUCGUUUACCAACGGUUCGUUUACUUGAUAAUGGUCGUGCAUAUGAAACAGAUGGCACAUUUCGCCGUUGCUCGCCUCGUAUUGAUCCUAAAACUGGUCUCUGUCUCGUACCAUGUCCAGAAACACAUAAAUAUGCUCAUUUACCAUCACAUCUUCGACCAGAAUUAUUCUGUAUUGAAUUACCACCAGUAAGUCUUCUUCCACCAGUACCACCACCACCACCUCCUCCUCCACCACUACAAAUACCACCAAUACGUAUUCUUCCACCAAUACAACCACCACCACCUCCUCCUCCACCACUACAAAUACCACGAAUACGUAUUCUUCCACCAAUACAACCACCACCUCCACCUCCGCCACCAGUAUUUAUUCCACAACAACAAAGAUGGUGUGUCAAAUGUUGUUGUGUUCCAGGUCGAUCGCUUAUUAAAAAAAUUGUUUACAGACAAGUCCAAGAUCAACAACAACAACAACAAGAAUCAUAUGUAGAUUAUGGUUCGGUUAUCGAUCAAUUAGCAACAAAAAUUAGUGUUCGAUACGGAAAUACUUCUAUGGAAGGUGAAGGAGCUUUUGUUACAGACGAUUAUCAUGAACGAUUACGCGUUCUUGAUUUUCCUGUCUAUGUAUCUGGCCAAAAUGACUCUAAUUUGACGCCACUCGUACCCGUCAAUUAA